AAAAGCAGCCUCUGCAUUUUUGUCUGUCUGAAUGCUACAGCAGCACGGGGGGAAAAAGAUUGUGGAUAAGGCAAAAACUGGAGAAAUGUGACAAUUCAACGGUCAUUUUCAUGGCGAAGGGAAAACUGGUGCGAAAGGAGUUAUUCUUGGACUCCUUUGAGCCUCGAAACGCUGGAUCAAAAUGCUCAUAGUGGAGAAGACAACAGACUUCCCCUCUGCUGAGUUCUCUCUCGUGGAGGAUGUGGCUCUGCACUUCACCUGUUUGAUGGACAGGCUGAACGAGCAGCGCCUCUUCCAACCUGACCUGUGUGACGUUGACAUUGUUCUGGUGCGUCAGCACAGCACCUUUCCAGCCCACAAGGGUGUGCUGGCAGCAUACAGCCCUUUCUUCCACUCCCUUUUUGCCCAAAGCAAACAGCUGCGGCGGGUGGACCUGUCGUUGGAUGCCCUGACCUCACAGGGCUUGCAGCAAAUCCUCAACUUCAUUUACACCUCUAAACUGCUGGUGAGCAGCCGCACUGUCCGCGACGUGCUGAACGCAGCUACCCUGCUUCAGAUGAGCGACAUCGCAGCCUCCUGUCGCGACCUCAUCAGCAGCCACUCGCUGAGAACCACCUGUGCAGAUAUGGCCAAUCAGGAAGGGCUUGGCAGCGGUGACUCAUCUGUUGUAGCAAUUCCCCCAAGCCAGCUCUACCGGGAGAUCAAACAAGAGUCAGAGCUAGGCAGGGUGUACACGAGGGAGGGCAGCAGCCCAUUUUCUGUUAGAGUGGAGGAGGCAGGAAAGACACCCUCCCAGCAGAAGCAGUACUACCAGAAAGAGGAGGGGACAGGGGGCGGGGCUGGCACAGGUGCUUUGUGCAAAGUAGAAGGCAAUGGAGAAGAGUCAAAGACCACAGAAAGCCACUCCUCCUUCAACAGAGAUCAGAUCAUCGUUGAAGUCAACCUAAACAACCAGACCCUUAAUGUGUCAAAGGGAUCAGAGGGCAAAUCAGCAACUGCCACAGAGACAGCCACCAUGUUUGGUCGUUGCCGUAACAACGAGAGAGAUUCAGAGGAUGAUGAGGACAAUGAAGCGGAGAAUGAUGAUGCAGUUGAAGAAGAUGAGGAUGAACUGAAGAGGGGAGACAUACUGGGGCAGAGCAGUGAGGAGGAAGAUGAUGAUGAGGAGGAUGAAGAAGAGGAGGAGAAUACCCUAAACAUUCCAGGCUUGGAGCAGACAGCCAUGAUGGAUCGACCUCGACGGGGCACCAGAGCCUUAGCCAUGGCAGGAACAGCCUCCAUGCGGCAGACACUGGCAGAGGCCACACUAACCAACCAACGGACGGGUGGGAAGAGGACUCUGGAUGCAGAGGGCCCGGGGCAGAAAGUGAGGCUGGAGGAGAAGCAACAUUUCCCAUGUAAGAAAUGCCCUCGCGUCUUCAACAACCGCUGGUAUCUGGAAAAACACAUGAACGUCACUCACAACCGUAUGCAGAUCUGUAAUAACUGCGGGAAACGCUUCUUGCUGGAGAGCGAGCUGCUGUUGCACCAACAGACUGACUGCGAGAAGAGCAUCCAGUGUGUAACAUGUGGCAAGUCCUUCAAGAAGCUGUGGUCAUUACAUGAGCAUAACAAGAUUGUCCAUGGCUACGCUGAGAAGAAGUUCUCCUGUGAGAUCUGUGAGAAGAAGUUUUACACCAUGGCUCAUGUCAGGAAGCAUAUGGUCGCCCAUACGAAGGACAUGCCGUUCACCUGUGAGACGUGCGGGAAGUCAUUCAAGCGCAGCAUGUCCCUGAAGGUUCACUCUCUGCAGCACUCAGGAGAGAAACCCUUCAAGUGUGAGAACUGCAGUGAGCGCUUCCAGUAUAAAUACCAGCUGCGUUCCCACAUGAGCAUCCACAUUGGACACAAGCAGUUCAUGUGCCAGUGGUGCGGAAAGGAUUUCAACAUGAAACAGUAUUUUGAUGAACACAUGAAGACACACACUGGAGAGAAGCCGUACAUCUGUGAGAUCUGUGGGAAAAGCUUCACGAGCCGGCCCAACAUGAAGCGCCACCGCCGUACCCACACUGGAGAAAAGCCGUACCCCUGCGAGGUGUGUGGCCAACGCUUUCGCUUCUCCAACAUGCUCAAGGCCCACAGGGAGAAAUGCUUCCGUGUCAGCAACCCCAUGGUUACAGAUGGCAACGACCCCCUCGGCCUCGACCAGCCCCUGGCCUUGCCUGCUGUGGACUCCUCCGGUCAGGUCCAGCUGGGGACGACGCUUCCCGCCACGUCUGUGACCACAACCGCUGUUGCCUCUAGCCCCCACCCCCUCCAUGGCACACAUCUGGCUCUCCCCCUGCUGCACCCCAUGGGGGGGCUGCCUCCCACCCCUCAUUUACCCCCACCGCCUCCCCUGUUCUCUGCCGGUAGGAUGAACUCCAACAACUAACAAAUCUCUGUAGCAUUGAAAGCACUUUGUUACUUUUAGUUUUACUAUUUUUCUUUGAGCUUUUAAGAAGACUUGUGCAGCAAAAGGGUGAUGCACCUCAGUGACAUUUACACAGAGCAGAAAAACUGAUACAAGGCUACAUGGAGGCCUCAUAAAAUCACUCGUACACCUAAUACAAUUAGAAAGAGUUAUUUUUUACUCUGUUGAAUACAAUAGAUAACCUCAGUGUCCAGUAGGACGUGUCUUCAUCACUCUUCUCCUCGUGAAUUUCACAACAUUGUCCUGGUUCCAUUUGGGAUUUUCCGACACCACACACAUCUCUCCAGAGCCUUGCACAAUGCAUUGAUUGUAGCAUCUUUUACAAAGUGGGAGGAAGAGUUUCCUAAAUCUUCACUUCACGGAAUUCAUCUGUCGAGUGAAAACCACACUAUGAUGAGAAAAAAUGUUUUAUUUUCCAUUCUCUGCCAAGAUGUAGCGAGUGGUUCUGGUUCUGACCCAGCAAUAACCAAAUGUUGAUUUGUCUUUGAGCAUAUACAUGUAUACGGCAUUGCCAUUAACCAAAUCCUGUUAGCUCACCUGCUAUAGUUAGGUAAUGUUAUACAGCAUUUAUAAUCGAUCCUGCACCUUAUUUACCAUUUAACUCUAGUAAUAUUUAAAAUGUACUCCUAAUGGUCUUCAUUUUUAUAAUUGUGAUAGUGUGUAAUUUGUGGCACGUUAACGUCAAUUUGUAAGGCCAUAAGAGAAGUUGUGGCAUGUGGAGAUUCAACCAUGCAAUGCAGUGUGUGUUGUUUGUGACAGUGUGUAUAUGUGUGUGCGUGCGCGUGUGUGUUUGUAUGUGUGUGUGAGAUGUGUAGCAGAGGUGGGAGGUGAAAAUACUCAGAUCUACGUGUGCAUUCAGCUAAUUAACGCUUGAGCUUCCCCAAAUCAGGAGAUGGAGAAAUUUGUUGACCCUAAUCUUUUGCUUACAUUAAGCGAGCAAGCUCCUCUCCUGUAGAACUGGCUUUGAGACAAUAUGGCACUUUUCUGUGACUUGUUAGUAAAACCUAAUGUACUCGGACCUACAGUAUAUUUGUAGGUUUAAUUAUAAUUUUAAUGUUAACUUACAGCUCAUUUCCCAACUAAACCCAAUCUGUGUUUGAAAAAUGUCAACAGUGUAGGGAUAAUAAUAUUCACAAAAACCCGUUAAUGUAGCUCAUUAAGUGUGUACAUUUCAUCAAUAUAUAUAGUGUGAAAUGAUGAACAUUAUAUUCCAAUGCCUAAAUCUCUUAAAGAACACUGACAGUGAUUACUUUUGCCACUACAGAGCUUAUCACUAAAAGGGCUCCUAACUGUUACAUUACUGUUACUGUACAAACUAGUUAACAGUGACCUGUAGAAGCUAAACAAAGUUAGGGACAUGCAAUAUAAUGUGGUGUAAUACCCCUCAAAAAAAUUUGGCUCUUUGUGCACUUUUGACAAGUGUUUGUCAUAAAUCUACUGGAGCAGAACUAAAGAAAUUGUAAUCAAAUCCUUGUCAUUAAAAAUGUCUAAUGGGAGUAGUUCACCAUUUUCUGAAAUGUGCUUAUUUGAUUUGUUGCUGAGAGAUUAGAAGGUCAAGGCCAUCCUCAUACCUGUCCAUCAAAUAUGUAGCUACAUAUUAGCUUAGCCUAUCAUAAAGAGUGGCAGCAGCAGGCCUGGCUCUUUCCAAAGGUGACAAACAUCCACCUACUAGCACUUCUAAAGCUUUCUAAUUAACAUGUUGCAUCUUGUGUGUUAAAUCCUUACAAAUAGUGUAAGACAAUAAUUUGUGGUUCUACCGUGAAAUGGAGCUAGAGUCAGUUUUUUUGAGCUCUAAAGCUCCAAAAUUAACUGUUUAUAUCUUGUUUGUUUAAUCUAUACAAAAACCAAAGUUUGAAAAUUACCCUUUUUGACUUUUGAUUGUGGUGCUGUGACAAAAACACACAAAAUUUAUGUUAAUGUUACUUAGUGACCUUAAGAGGCUGAUUUGGCUGAUUUCGUUACAUUAGAGCUGAGCCAAGCUAGCUGUUUUGUCCUGUUUCCAGUCUUUAAGCUAAACUAAGCUAACCAGUUGCUAGCUGUAUCUGAAUAUUAAAAAGACAGGCAUGAGAGAGGUAUCAAUCCGCUCAUACAACUCUCAACAAGAAAUCGGACAUUUCAUCAGUUUCUUAUCCAAGAAGAGUCUCUGUGCACUAUUGAUGCACUCCCACUCACUUUAUCUAUAGCUAGCCUCCUUGUAGUGUAGCAUUAACCUGUAAAUAUUGUUAAGAUGUGUUUCUUCCUUGUGAUUAAUUCCUCAUGUUUACAUUCGGAGAGUCAGUUGAAUGUGUCCCCACAUGUGUCUUGGCUGGUUCUAGCGGAAGUUGGAAUUUGUGGAUUAAGCUUUUGUAAAUGUAAUAAGCUGUUAAUUGUUUUAUUUAAAAGACAGAUUUAAGCACCUUAGUGUAGUCUUAUGUCUUAGCUCACCCCAGUUAAAUGUAUUUCUUAAACUGCCAUGGUGAAAUGGUUAGGGCCACAUCAGAUGUUAUUUGACAAUGGUACGUUUUAAUUAUUUUCUUCAUGUGUCAAACACGUUUUGUGUUUUGAUUUGCUGCUUUUGUACAGGGUCCAGUUUGUGACUGCCCUUUAAAGGAAAAGUCUAGAGCUGUUGAAUUGUUGGCUGUGAUAAAUCCAAUUUUUAGCCUUACUGGAAGGUGAGCUCCAGGGUCAGAAAUUAGCUACAAUUUAGAUAUUUGGAGGAGUUUGAGGAGGGAACUGUCACAUUUUAUACCCAUCUAAGAUCUUGAUCUUGUCAUUGGUAGAUGGGGACAACAGAUUGUUGACACAGACAGGGAUAAAGGCAACCUGUCAAUGUCACACAAACAUAAGGACUGUUGCUCUCUUGUGGCAACUCAAUAAACUGCACUCUGUUAGCAAUCCUACACUAAAGAAAGAGAAAAGCCUUCGUCAGAGUCCAUUAUCAUUCAUAGUUAUCAUCAGAGAAGCCCAUAGUAUUUUUGGGAUCAUAAGAAAAGUCUAAAAAUCCACUUUUCAAGUAUUUUCCUACUUCACUGUUUUGAAAAGCACUAGCCCAAGAGAAAAUACUGAAAUACUGUGGUUAUAGCUUGUGUGUUUACCUUAUACUUGGAGGGAUUUGAAUGUUUUUGUGUUAUGGAUAGUGAUAGUAACUGACAUUAAAGGAGGAAGGAUAGUAGUUAAUACUACUGAAUUAUGCACUUUGAUUGCCACACUAGCCCAUAAUGGGGACAUGUAUGCAGAUAAAAGAUGAAAAAUAGAAAGCAGAGAUUUGUAAUGGUGGAACAAUCUAAAUCCAAAGGCAUACAUUUUGAAUUUAAAUGUACCAGGGGGAUUUGGAUGCUCAUAAAUUACUAACAACUACUAACACGUUCUCUGUGUUAUUUGUUUGACAUUGAUCAGAAGCUGUGGUUAGUAAGUUGCAGAAGUUGCAGACCUGGACCUGGACCGGUGCUUUGCUUCCUAGAAUAACUGAGUGGAUCAUUUGCUGUGGUAUGGCAUCCUGCACACUGAGGACAAGUCAGCUGUGAGCAGUCAGUUAUAUUUCACCCUGCAGUUAGGUGGUGUUUCUGUGUUUCAGUGUACCUGCUUUGCACUGUGCUGCUCUUUAACAAGUAUUUGUGACUCCUCCCUGAGGGUGCAUUCAUUACAGCUAUGGUCGUUCCCUGAUCGCUACCAUAAUCAGGAGAAAUUUUAGGUGUUACCAGUUUGCUCCUAUUGAAGAAGCUUAAUAUGUGACUGUUAUAUUUCAAGCUAUGAGAAAGUGCAAAGGUAGGCGUCAGUUGCCAAAUUGAUUGAUGAAAGACACAAUAAUUAUUGUUAGCACUUUAUACUCCAGUUCAGCAAGUAGGGUUUGAAGGCUGAUACAGUAGCAGUUAUUUGAAUCAAAAUCUGCUGAUGGUAGGUGUGUGUGUUUUUUUUGUUUUUUUUUGUUUUGUUUUCUUAAUAUUUUCAUGGCAGAAGAUUAUAGGAAAUUACAAGAAUGCAGUUUCUGCCAGAUUUUGUUCUUGGCAGGUGUUCGGGCCCCUCAAACCCCCUCCAAAGGGACAACAAAACUAUUUGUUCAGAUCCUGCAAAUAUAAUUCCUAUUGUAUGUAUCUGCUUGGAGUCAGAUCAAAAUAAUGUUAUACUAGAACCUAUUCAAGUUAGGGGCUUUCCAACCAGUGAAGUAUUAAUCAGUUGCUGUUAUGAUAAAAUCAAACAAACAGCAUCACUUCAUCACUUCAGAGGUGAAUGAUACAUUGAGCAGAUGAUCUGUUUUUUUUUUUUUUGUUUUUUUUACAGGCCAAGGUUUACAUAUUAAAUUGGUAAACAGGUUAAAAAAAACAAAACUAUUUGUUUUAUCUCACUUCACACACUAUAUUACAUAUAUAGUACUGUAUACAGUGUCCAGAGAAAUUUUAGAGACUGGAAAGUCUAAAUCCACCCUAUAAAGCAAAAUUUGCAUUUAAAUCCUUUGUCUUGGAUUUAUUGAAGUCUUCCCUAAAUCCAAAAAGGACAAAAGUAAUCUGUGACAUCAUCAAAGCGUCGCUUUAUAGAGACACAUUUGUGGACCCAUACAGCACCGAAAUCCUGAAAAAGAACACAACAAAUCAUUUUUUCUUUUAAGUGUAUUUUUCAAUUCCGUGUUUUAAAGUUAAAUGGCAGUAAAGCUGAGAUUCUAGUAAGCAAGAAGGGAAAUUUUGCACAGUGUUUAGGAGUCCUUUAUUCUAGGCAUGUAGGCUUAUGUCUUUAAAUUAGCCAGAUUCUCCUUUACUAAAGCUAGCAGCCAAAGGCUUGUAUUAGAUUAGGCAAAGGUUGACCUGCUCUUGUCCUGAAAUGAGGGUUUGUCAUUGAAUAAGUGGGUGGCUAGACAGCAACAUACUGACUGUGCAUUCUGCAUUGCACCCAAGGCAAAUGUUUGUCACAUAAUGAAACAAUGAGAAAGGUAGUUGUUUCAAAGCAGAGUGCUCAUGGGAUUGCCAAGUUGAGUCUCCUCUGGGACAUGGAAUUUUGGGUUUAGCUGCCAGAGCAGAAGCGUGUAUCCAAAAGGAUUUGAUUCUGUGGCCUUCAGCUUCCAAGAAUAUGGUAAUAUGAAAAUAUCUGAAUUUCAUAGCAGUUACUAAGGUUUCAAGAAGAUGGUAGAGAGAAAGCAUUGUAUGUAUGUAAGGAUUUGAUGUGUUAAUCUUUUGAAGAGGGGAAAAAGUUUCCUUUUUCGAAAAAAUGGAGGAAGAAUUUUUUUUUUCAAAUUUUCCCAUAUUUAGGGUAAACUUAUGAAGCCCAAAAACUGACAAAAGGUUAUCAGUAAAGUCAAAAGUAUAACUAAAUGCAUUGAUAAAUGAUAUUGUUAGUUAAAUGAUUAAAAUGGAGUGUGAAAAGUAGAGCUGCAAAGAUUAGCCAAUUAGUCGAUUAACAGAACAAUAAUCUGCAACUAUUUUGAUAAGUAAUUAAUGGCUUUGAGUCCCUUUUUUUUUUCUUAAAGAAAGAAUGCCAGUCUUCUUUAGUCUUCUGUGAAAGUAAACUGUAUCUUUGGGUUUUGGACUGUUGGCUAGACAACACAAGACAUUUAAAGACAUCACUUUGGGUGCUGGGAAUUUGUGAUGGACAUUUUUCUAAACUCUUUUCUGAAACUUUAUGGACAACGUUAUCUAUUAAUCAAGAAAAUAAUAAGCAAAUGAAUCAGCUAUGAGAGCAAUUGUUAGUUGCAGCCCCACUAAAAAGAAAUAUAAAGGUUUAUAAUUUUCCUUUAACUUAAAUCAGUUGGUUAAAAAGCUAAGAGCUACUUACAAGUUUUUGGUUUAGUUUGUUUUAAAAAGACAUUAAACACACACACAAAAAAUGUAAAGGAUAUCACAAUGAUGAAGUCUGACACUUACUUUCAUUGUUGUUGAUGAAAAUUAGACAAUUACUUGAAGGUGAAAUGUUAUGAAGAUAAAAGCAGUGUGACUUUCUAAUUAGCUUUAGCUAGCUAACCUUAAAUACUAAAAUGCUUUAGCUACUGCUAGAUGUGUUUAUACAGUGAUAUUACUGCAGUAUGCAGUAGGAUAUACGGAUGAUUAACGUGCCACAGCUGGUAUAGUUUUAUGAGGAAACUUAGCUUCAGCUUGGUAGCUAGGUGACAAGGCUGGUGUUCAUUGUGUUUAGCCACUAGUGUUUUCAGUUAAGCUAGCUAGCCGCACAGUCCUCUCAUUUGCUCCCCUAAUGUUAAAACAAAAACACAAACCCUGAAUGUCACUGCUUUGGACAUAAAUGAACAUGCCCAUCUCACCAUAUAUGCAUUAGAAAAAUUGGAAAUGUGGUGAGGAAAGUGGGACAUGUUUCUUUAAAAAAAAAAAAAUUAAUUUAAAAAAAAGGAAACUAAGGAGCUUAAAAAAACUACAUGCUAGUGUUACAACUACAAGAGUAAAAUAAUUAUGUUUAAAUUUAUUUUAUCAACUGAUUGGGGAAGUUAAAGUGAAAGUACAAAGCUUUAUAUUUCUUAUUAUACUCGAUUUAAAUAUUUUACUGGCUGAAUAAGUAAUUUAUGUGUUCGUUUGUAUUAUUACUCAUCUGAAAAUAUUUUACUAUAUUUUGUCAGUUGCUGGGCUGACAAAAGAACACGAACAUGAAAUUGGAAAACAAGUGUUGUUGGUUAUUUUGCAUGUGAAAGUUUGGUUACCUGUUCUAAUAAAUUCCCCUUUUUGGGGAAAGGUAUAAGUGAUGAUAAUCAUAGGCACAAAUGCCAUAGUCAAUUCAAAGAUGUAUCAUCCACAUACCCUCUACAUUUCCCAUACUUACUAAUUUUGCAGCUCUGUUAAAGAAAUCAUAAUGUGUACUGUAAUUUGCCGAUUCUCUACUUUAUAACGUAAACACUAUGUCUCAGUUAGCUCGGGUGUACAAAGACCAUGUGUAGGCAGUAGUUGUCAAGUUCAGCUUAUUAAAAUACUAAAAACAGUACAAGGACAUUAGUGUCUAGAGGUGCUAAUAACAUUAGACUGUAUUUUCUGUCUUUUAUUGUAUUAUUGACUAGUGUCUACCGUCUGUAACACAGCAGAGCGUAAUGAAAUCAUUUCAAUAUUAAACAGUAUAG